CCGUCACAGAAAACGGCGACAACAACAACUCGGCGUCGGAAGCACGUGCACUAAUCUGUGGCACCUUUUGUUCUGCAAUUAUUAUCUCCUCACGCCCCUUUGGUACAUGAUAUGGGCGUUAUCUAGUUAGUCUUCCUCCGGCACAGAGGGCUGUCUGUGGAGCAUGGCGGCACCUCCACAGUUACGUGAUGUUAAUGUCAAAGUGGAGACGCAAGAAAACAAGAAGCCUCACUGUUUGGUGGACAUGACUGUUGUGAACAAUUUGGAAAAGGACCAGAUAGAGAAUAUCAGUCUGGAAUUGAGCCCAGAAGCCAUCACAGCAGCUGUAGAAUCCCUGAGCAAAGUGCGAGCGCAGCUGGACUCCAUCGCCAAGAAGACAAAAGCUUAAGGUUAUGUGCUCCUGGAAUAUGAAGAGGGAGGAAGAAGAAAGCAAAAGGGUUGUAAUAUGAAAAAAAAAGAAAUAUCAAUUUAGAAAUUCUCUUGUAAAAACCUAGUUGAUUCAGUUGAUGUGACAGACAGCAGUGAAGCUGUGUAAGGACUCAUGAGCUUAGACAAAGGAAAAAAGCAAUCCCUAUAAGAAUUUGAUUUAGGAAGAAAAUCACAAUGGAACAUUUCCCAGAAGGUGCAGGUGGGGGAGAUGGAUUCUCCUUCCGACCCCAGAGAGACAAGAGCAGCACGAAGCCCCUCAGCUGUCGCCUCCUCGAGUGACAAGGGAGCCUGUGAGGCAAAGGCCCAAGAAGACCUUUGGGAGUCAUGGACGCCAAGACUCCCAGUUUGUGAGCUUCCCAUUGCUGGAGUACACCGAUCACAUCCAAGCCCAGAUGGACAUAGAAGAACACUUCAAUAAACAGUUUUCCUUUAAGCAGCGCACUAACCAGGAUGGAUCGGUUAACUGGGUGCUCCCUCCUGCUCAUAGGAUGUAUACUUCUCCUGUAUGGAAGGAUGACACCUUACAAGCCAUGAAGAUGUCACUGAAUCAUGUAAAAAAACAGCUGGGUGAGAAGGACAUUGCAGUUUGGCAUAAUCACACGUGCAACACCAACCCCUCUCAGAAAAUUUCUUAUGCGGUUAAGCGGAGAGCACAGCCAGAGAUGGUGACACAGGCAUGGCUAAAAUUUUAUGAGAUAGUGAAUGCAUACCCCAUUGUGCCUAUGGAUGUAGAAGGGGAAGAGGGCACUGUGCCAUUUAACUCCGUGCACUUGUGCGAGGCUCCAGGGGCCUUCAUCUUGGCUCUCAACCAUUACUUGGCUCUCAAUAGGUGGAGUUUGAAGUGGCAGUGGCUGGGCAACUCUCUCAACCCAUACUAUGAGGGGAUAUCUUCAGACCAGUGCAUAAGUGAGGACCGCUUUAUCUUUCUCACCCUCAAGAACUGGGCCUUUGGGAAGGACAACACAGGUGACCUCAUGGCUCGGAGUAACCUAGACGAUAUCCUGGAGCGCAGCAAAGCCUUGGGGUCUAUUCACCUGGUGACAGCAGAUGGCAGUGUUGACUGCCAGGCCAACCCUGGAGAGCAGGAGGAGACCACACAUGUCCUGCAUUUGUGUGAGGUCAUAACUGGCCUUUGUCUCUUGGAGCCUGGGGGGACACUAGUCAUCAAGAAGUUCACCUUCUUUGAGAGUGAAUCAGUGUGCCUGAUGUACCUACUGUGCUGUUUGUUCCAGGAGAUACAUUUGUACAAACCUGGGACUAGCAAACAGGGUAACUCUGAGGUGUAUGUUGUGGCUCUGGACUAUAUUGGAAGGGAUGCAUGCAAGGAACAGCUGGACAAACUCAUUGAGGUUUAUGGUACCAGAGUCAUGCUCCAUACACUAUAUGCACAGGAGGACAUUCCUGAGGCAUUCAUGAAGCAGAUUUACAUAUGUUCAGAAUUCUUCAAACGGCAACAGGAAAACAGCAUAACCAGAAAUCUCAGCCUGUUUCCUAAUAUGCAUGAGAAAGAGAAGCAAUAUAACGAACUGCUGAAAGUCAAGGGGCAGAAGCUGUUCUUUGAUCGUAACUACUGCACAACUAUACCAAAGUGGAUGACAAUUACUGAGGGGAAUGUCAACAGAUCCAGACAUAUUAUGGAAAAUGACUGGAGCAAAAUUGACAACGCCUCAUUAGUUAGAAACAAUACUCUAAAGGAAAAAUUCAAAAUUGUAGUUAAAUUCUUGGAAGAGUAUAUAAAGGAUCACUCUUCACAAGGGGCAGACAAUGUGACAAAUUUAGCUGAAACAAAAUGGUCAUAUUACUUUAACUCACCCCUGCUAGAGGAAAUUGAAUAUAAAGUUAUAAAGGGCAAACCUUUCCACACAGUCAAUUCAACUAAAUUCUGUCCUCUUAGAGUGUUCAAGAUAUACAGGGAACUCUAUGAAAUGUGGCUAAACACAAACUCUUCCAAAAAAAAUCUUGGGAUUAAUGACAGCCUUGUAGCCAAGGUACUUGAAAAGCAUGACAAGGCACACAUCAUUAGAGAAGAGACAGCAUUGGGUCCUCAUUCAAGUUGUAGAGCAUUAGAGCAAAUUGUAAUUCUUUUAGAGACUGGUGGUAUUGCUGUGGGUGGGUCUGUUAUUCUUGUGGAUGUACCACUGUUAUCCAGAUUACAAUGUGGACUCCUAAUGGUUGUAGAGUGUGCCUUCUCCAAAGUUCUCUUGUACACGCCAGAGGAGAUAGGUUCACAGGCUCCUGUAAUUGUCUUACAAGGGCUGAAGUCCAUGGACACGUCAGAAGCUGUCAUCCGUUCUUUAUACCACACAGGCUGGAGUCCAGAUGGAGGUUCAGGAGGUACUGGAGGUGCCUUGCAGAUUGUGGCUUAUCCCAGCCUUCUACAAGAGGAUCAGUACAAUGUCUUUUAUCAUUACAACAUGUAUUACUACAUUCACUGUGCUCAGCUGUUGUGUCAGAAUAUUGAUGUUGAUUGAAUAGAUUCCAAACUAUAUUGAAGAAAAGUGUGUAUUUAAACAAAAAAAAUAUCAACUAAUCAAUUUAUGUGAUCUCUAUCAUAUAACAGGGUAUUUACCUCAACAACCAAGAAAGUUAUAGUGUGUAUUCAUUGACCUAUUUUUUUCUUUUUCCCUUUAUCAUAAUUAUAAUGAUUUUUAUGUUUUAAGCUGUAUCUCUGGAGUUAUUUUUCUCAUGUUGAUGUGAAAAUUUUAGCUGAUGGUUGAAAAGAAAUUUAUUUUGAGAUAUUUGGGUUACAUAGCUCCCUUGAUUUUUACAUUUCUUAUGGUUGUUAAUUAUAUUAUGCUUGUUUGCAUUGAAAAAAAGUUACUUAUUUUUAAAUAUUUGGUCAAUACCGUUUUUAAUUUUUCAACAUAUUUUGCCAGGUGAACAGAAUUGAAUUUCUUAGGCUCUAUAUGUUUGUGUAUUUGGUUAAAAUGUAUUUUUUUUUUUCUUUUUUAUGCAUAUGAAUUUAAAAGUGUUAUAAAACUUUCUACCUGUGCAAAGAUAUUUUCUUAAAUCUGCUAAUAAUAAAAAAAAAGUUGAA